AUGGCGGCCACAGCUUCGUUUCUCAAAAAAGAUCUCUCUUGCCACUUGUGUCGUGACAUCUUCACGGACCCUGUAGUCCUGAAAUGCAGCCACUGCUUCUGUAGAGUCUGCCUGCGGCGUCACUGGGAAGAGAAGAGAUCUCGGGAGUGUCCCAUCUGCAGGAGAAAGGCCUCUAUGGAUCCAGCACCUAACCUGGCUCUGAGGAAUGUUGUGGAAUCCUUCUUACAGCAGCAGGCUAAGAGUGAAGCUGCAGAGAAGAGCGAAGCUCUCUGCAGUCUCCAUGGAGAGAAACUGCGGCUCUUCUGUGAGGACGACCAGGAGCCUGUGUGUGUUGUGUGUCAGACUUCAAGGAAACACAAGAACCACCAGCUCUGUCCAGUGGAAGAGGCCACACAGGAUCGGAAGGUGGAACUCAAGACUGCACUGAUUCCUAUAAAAGAAAAGCUGAAAAGAUUCACUAAAGUUAAACAGGAGUGUGAGAAAACAGCAGACCACAUCAGGAGUCAGGCCCAGCACACAGAGAGGCAGAUAAAGGCAGAGUUUGAGAAGCUCCACCAGUUCCUGAGAGGUGAAGAGGAGGCCAAACUAGCGGCACUGAGGGAGGAAGAGGAGCAGAAGAGUCAGAUGAUGAAGGAGAAGAUAGAGAACCUCAAAACACAUAUCAACACCCUUUCAGAGAAAAUCACAGCUAUAGAGAGGGCCAUGAACACUGAAAACAUCUCCUUCUUAAAGAACUACGAUAAUUUCCAAAAAAGAGCCCAGUGCACACUGCAGGAUCCAGAGCUGCUUUCAGGGGCGCUGAUAGAUGUGGCCAAACACCUGGGAAAUCUGAAGUUCAGAGUCUGGGAGAAGAUGCUGGGGAUGGUGCGGUACACUCCUGUGACUCUGGACCCCAACACUGCAGCCCCCUGGCUCUCUCUGGCUGACGAUCUGACCAGUGUGAGAGACACUGGAGAUAAGCAGGAGCUUCCUGACAACCCAGAGAGGUUUGACCGCAGUGUGAGUGUGUUGGGCUCUGAGGGGUUUACCUCAGGAAAACACAGCUGGGAGGUGGAGGUGGGGAACAAACCUGAGUGGGAUGUGGGAGUAGCAACAGAGUCCAGCAACAGGAAGGUAGUAAUUCCAUACGACCCAGUGCGGGGACUCUGGGUUGUGACUCUGAGGAGAGGCAGUGAGUACACAGCAUCAGGAGUCCCCCUCACUCUGAAGAGGAAACCCCAGAGGAUCAGAGUGCAGCUGGACUAUGAUGAGGGGGGGGUGUCCUUCUAUGACCCCAGUGACAUGUCACACCUCUAUACUUUCAAAGAUACGUUUACUGAGAGACUCUUCCCAUAUCUCUCUCCUUGCCAUAUUGAUGAUGGCGUUAACACUGGAGCCCUGCAGAUCUGCCCAGUGAAGGUGUCUGUGAGAGCUGAUCUGUAUUUUUCCCGAAUGCGGCCACGUGACCCUCAAAUGGCCCAUGUCAACAUCCGGCGUAAGGGCCAUUUGAGAGCACAGUUUGUGUAG